UGCUCGGAAAUGGCUUCAACACAUGAGUUAAAAGAUGUAAUCAAAGAAACUCUUGAGAACCGAGGUGCACUUGGUCAGAUAAAGGCCAGGAUCAGGGCAGAAGUUUUCAGUGCUUUAGAUGACCAGAGUGAAGUGAAACCACCUCUUAGUAAUGAAAAUAUGAUCAUCAAUGAACUAAUCAGAGAGUAUUUAAACUUCAACAAGUACAAGUAUUCCUCUUCUGUGUUGGUUGCAGAGUCUGGACAGCCUACAACACCAUUAGACAGAGAAUUUUUGUCAAAAGAACUAAAUAUCAAGGAAGAUUACCGGUCAAAGUCAGUACCUCUUUUGUAUGGUAUUAUAUCGAACUACCUUAAGGACAACCGACCCACAUCACCGUCCAGACAAAGACCACAUGGAGCAUUCCUUCAGCAACUAGAGAGUGAAAUGGAAAAUGAACAACAACCCUUUGUUGUAAUGGGUGGGAAAAGGUGAUACUGACUGUAUAGUAAAAUAAUGACUGAUACAGCCUACUCCUGUUGGAUAUUAUCUUACAGCAUAGUGAUGACAUGUGUACUGAUAUUAGAGAAGUGAGUUGUAGAUAUAUGAAGAUUGUGAAAAUAAUGUGAUGAUAUAUAGAGAUUUAACAUGUACAUGUUAAUAGAUAUGUGAGUUAUAAAUCAGGUUUAGAGAUUUAAGUGAGAUAUAAUAUGUACAUUUAAAUUAUUAGAUAUGUGAAUUAUAAAUCAGAUUUAGAGAUUUAAGUGAGAUGUAAUAUGUACAUAGAUAUGUGUGUUAUAAAUCAGGUUUAGAGAUUUAAGUUAGUGGAAAUGUAUAGAGAACUCUGAAGGUGAGAAUAUAGGAGAUAAUACAGAUAAGAGAUUGGGAAAUGAGAUGUGAGCCAAUUCGAGUGUUGAUUUAAGCCUGUACAGAGAUGUGAGAUAGAUAACUGAGAUGUGAGUGGUAAUAUAAGCCUGUACAGGGAUGUGAGAUAGAUAACUGAGAUAUGAGUGGUGAUAUAAGCCUGUACAGGGAUGUGAGAUAGAUAACUGAGAUAUGAGUGGUGAUAUAAGCCUGUACAGAGAUGUGAGAUAGAUAAAUGAGAUGUGAGUGGUGAUAUAAGCAUGUACAUGGAUGUGAGAUAGAUAAGUGAAAUACUAGUAUGAGUGGUAAGCUUGUGAAGAGAUGUGAAAUAUUAUAAAGGUGUUGCAUAUAAAACUGAUAGAAUUAAUAUCAGACUAUUGGUGCUGAGAAUUUCAGGAAAAUCCAACUGCUAAAAUGUUUCUGGGAAAUAAAAGCUGCUUUUGUACCUAUAAGCUCUUCUGAGACAAGGGUUCAAAGAGCUAAUGCUAUG